GAGGCGGGUCUUGGUCUCGAGUCUCGAAGCGUAUAAGAGUCAAAUACAACUGUAGCGUAGCUUCAGAUCUGGUUAUUUUCUUCCUUCGUGUGGAACAGCCAUGGCUAUGGAGUUUCUGAGGAGCAGUAGAAGAAUAUUGGAAUCUUCUGGAUGCGCGAUCGCUUUGAUUUUUCUGCUCUUCAUCCAUGGAGCUCACUCAUUCUAUCUCCCAGGUGUUGCUCCUCAGGAUUUCGAGAAGGGUGAUGAGCUGAAGGUGAAAGUGAAUAAAUUAACUUCCAUAAAGACUCAGCUUCCAUACUCGUAUUACUCCCUUCCUUUUUGUCGCCCUAGCAAGAUUGUGGACAGUACUGAGAAUCUUGGAGAAGUGCUUCGGGGUGACCGGAUUGAGAAUGCCCCAUACUCGUUUAAAAUGCGGGAGGCACAAAUGUGCAAUAUUCUCGGCCGGGUCACUCUUGAUGCCAAGACAGCUAAAGCGUUUAAAGAAAAGAUCGAUGAUGAGUACCGGGUCAACAUGAUCCUCGACAACCUUCCUCUGGUUGUUCCAAUUGAAAGAGUCGACCAGGGUUCUCCCUCUGUUGUUUAUCAGCUUGGUUAUCAUGUUGGUCUUAAAGGCCAGUACGAGGGGAGCAAAGAGCAGAAGUUCUUUAUGCACAAUCACUUGGCAUUUACAGUCCGCUAUCACAGAGAUAUCCAAACUGAUGCUGCAAGAAUCGUGGGAUUUGAGGUUAAACCUUACAGUGUGAAGCAUGAGUAUGAGGGAGAGUGGAGUGAGAAGACCCGUCUGACGACUUGUGAUCCUCACACGAAACGCCUGGUCGUUAGCUCGGCUACCCCUCAAGAAGUUGAACAAAAGAAGGAGAUUAUCUUCACAUAUGACGUCGAUUUCCAGGAAAGUGAAGUGAAGUGGGCAUCUAGAUGGGAUACUUAUCUUCUGAUGAGUGAUAACCAAAUCCACUGGUUCUCUAUCGUCAAUUCUCUGAUGAUCGUCCUAUUCCUAUCUGGUAUGGUGGCAAUGAUAAUGCUGAGGACCCUUUACCGUGACAUUUCACGAUACAACGAGCUCGAGACUCAAGAAGAAGCUCAAGAAGAGACAGGAUGGAAGCUUGUCCAUGGUGAUGUUUUCAGACUUCCUACCAAUUCUGAUCUGCUCUGCGUCUAUGUUGGAACAGGGGUCCAGUGUCUAGGCAUGGUAUUUGUCACAAUGAUCUUCGCCAUGCUCGGAUUUCUCUCCCCUUCCAAUCGGGGUGGUCUGAUGACUGCAAUGCUCUUGCUCUGGGUCUUCAUGGGACUCUUUGCUGGUUACGCCUCUUCACGUCUCUACAAAAUGUUCAAAGGAACAGAGUGGAAGAGAAUCGCUUUCAGAACAGCCUUCUUGUUUCCUGCAGUUGUGUCAGCAAUCUUCUUUGUCCUAAACGCUCUCAUCUGGGGACAGAAGUCAUCUGGGGCUGUCCCCUUUGGAACAAUGUUCGCCUUGAUCUUCCUCUGGUUUGGCAUCUCAGUUCCUCUCGUCUUUGUUGGGGGUUACAUUGGGUUCAAGAAGCCAGCGGCUGAUGACCCAGUGAAAACCAACAAAAUCCCGAGGCAAAUCCCAGAGCAAGCUUGGUACAUGAACCCGGUUUUCUCAAUCCUCAUUGGAGGAAUCUUACCGUUUGGUGCAGUCUUCAUCGAGCUCUUCUUCAUCCUCACAUCCAUCUGGCUCAACCAGUUCUACUACAUCUUUGGGUUCCUCUUCCUCGUCUUUGUAAUCCUCAUUGUGACUUGCGCCGAGAUAACCGUAGUACUCUGCUACUUCCAGCUUUGCAGUGAGGACUACCUUUGGUGGUGGAGAUCAUACCUCACAUCAGGCUCAUCAGCUCUCUACCUCUUCCUCUAUGCCACGUUCUACUUCUUCACAAAGCUUCAGAUCACCAAACUGGUCUCUGCGAUGCUUUACUUUGGGUACAUGCUCAUCGCCUCCUACGCAUUUUUUGUGCUCACAGGAACAAUAGGGUUCUAUGCUUGUCUCUGGUUCACAAGGCUCAUCUAUUCCUCUGUUAAGAUCGAUUAGAGGAUAUGAUGAUCAUCAUGGCGAUUAAGGAAACAAAGAAGAAAAGGUGAUCAUAGUUUAUCUUAUUUUUCUUUUUAAAAUCGGUUUUGUUGCAUUUUAGGUUCUAUUUUGUUGCAUACCAAAAGAGAUUUUAAUAUAUGUAAUAGAGUGUAUUUUGUUUGAUUUGUCAAAUAACAACACUUUCUGAGAAUUUUUGCAAUAUAACCAAUUUUUAUAAAUAAA